AUGUCAGAGGCACCAGCGGAAUCCAAUAUCAAUCACCCGUCUACCUCACCUGAUACCGGAAAUGGAAAUCAUCCACCUCCGUCUCAUCGCUGGGAGUCCAGUCCAGUCGUGUUCGUACUCCAAGCCACCAGCCAGGAUUCAUACCCAUCCAAGGCAAUUCUUGCCGGUUGCUUGUCACUGAAAGUCCGGCCCCACCACUGA